GUCAUACAUCUUUUUUUUUCAGCUGUAGCCAAAUUUAGAAUACUUUAAGGUGCAUUUGUCCUGCACCUCUUUCUUUGGUGGGAUAAGGCAUUUUAUUCAAUCAGAAAAUGUGACCAACCUUCCAAUAGCUCAUUCAGAUUAAGUAAUAAUUAAAUAUAAUUACUACUCCUAAGGGGAAAGUAAUUCUGCUUUAUUGAAAUUCUUUUAUCUUCAAUUAACCUAUUCUGUUCUUACUGGAAAUAUUAAGUGUAGUGCUUGCUUUAGGCACUUCCUCCAGAGCUGCUAAUGUGUUCAAUUUGUCUCCAGUUCUCAGUUGUUGCAGGCUAGCAAGCCCUGUGUGUUGAGGUGGCUCCAGCAAGAGUGCACACUUGAAAAGCUCUGGACUUGUGGAACACCUUGUUAGAGCAGCUUUCUGGCCUUUUGGUCUGCUUCUGUGCGGAUCAAUGAGGGGGUAUUGGAUGAAUGAAUAUACUUCUUCUCUCGGAAUUGGAGUGUUCCAUUCAGGCAUAGAGGUAUAUGGCCGAGAAUUUGCCUAUGGUGGUCAUCCAUACCCUUUUUCUGGAAUAUUUGAAAUUUCACCAGGAAAUGCUUCUGAGCUAGGAGAAACAUUUAAAUUUAAAGAGGCUGUGGUUCUAGGCAGUACUGACUUUAUGGAAGAUGACAUAGAAAAAAUAGUAGAAGAGCUUGGAAAAGAAUUCAAAGGAAAUGCUUAUCACCUAAUGCACAAAAACUGCAAUCACUUCUCUUCAGCUUUAUCUGAGAUUCUGUGUGGAAAAGAGAUUCCACGAUGGGUGAAUCGCCUUGCCUACUUCAGCUCUUGUAUACCAUUUCUCCAGAGCUGUUUGCCGAAGGAGUGGCUAACUCCUGCAGCCCUCCAGUCUAGUGUUAGCCAGGAGCUACACGAUGAGCUGGAGGAAGCUGAGGAUGCAGCUGCAUCAGCUUCCUUGGCAAGCUCAGCAUCUGGGUCUAGAACUGGACGCCACACCAAAUUAUAAGUCCUCUUCCAAAGUAACAAAUGGUUUGAAAUACUUCAGUUUAAUCUCUCCAGCAAUUGACUUCCUGACAGAACAUGAGAGCUGACUCUGUAACACUGUUUUUAUAUGCAAAAAGGCUCUCCAAACCCUAUUUCAGCUCAGGAUUACGUAUGUAGUGAAAAUAAUUGCUGAGAGAAAAGGGAAGGAUUUUGUGUGAAGCCACCCUUUUCAUUUUCACCUGUUUGGUAGACCUGGGUUAACUUAACAUCUUGUACAAAGCAGAACUUAAAUUA